ACGGUAAGCGGCAAAAAUCUUAAAAGGCGGAACAAAAUUGCGGGAGGUAAAUGAAAAAUUUUCCAAAAAUAGAGUGGCAAAAGAUUAAAAAAUUAAAAAUAUUCAAUGGGCUGUUGGUUUGAUGGGCCUUCCGUGCGGUUAUGCAGUUUUUGUCAUAUUAACCCUUGUAGAAAGUUGAAAUAUCAAAUAUCGCAUAUUUAUUUAUCAAAAUUUUCUGGCAAUUUCAGGGCAACAAAAAUCAAAUUCCAAUCACAACUUCUUGUAUUUUCUCGAUUGGAGAGAGAUGGUUUUCUUAUGCUGGGGUAGACCUUCUUCUGAACAGCAGAAAUCUUGCAUAAACAAGUAAUUG